GGGGGACGAAGGUAGAACCCUGGGGUCACUCAGCACAUCUCUGCGCAUGGGUGGUGCUUGGGCCGUCCUGGCGGUCUUGCCAUUGUUGCAGACAGCGGCUGUUAUUCCCGGCAACAAGGCCUGCCGCAAAGCCAGAAUCAUCAGCAUUGGCGCAAGAGUCCCCGAUUCAGCAUGGCUUGGCCUUUAUCUAGAGGAUCGACCCAUCAGUUUUUCGCCUUCUGCCGGGGUGAACAUCAUAGCUCUGGAUCCUGGCACUCAGGAGGUGCUUUCGGCAGAAGCAUAUGGACCUGGACAAGGGCCAAGGCUUAAGCAGGACCUACUUCGCCUGGAGCUGGGGACUGUCGUUUUGGCUGCUCUCAAGGGUGACGUUGAGGAGGACCACCUGCAAGCCUUGCGAGUGAUUCAAGCUGCUUUGGUGCCAUUGGUGUCACCUGGCCAAGGCUAUGCCAUGGUUGGUGCCAAGGGCAUGGCUCCUUGGGAGGAGCUGGGCUCAACGGCAGAUGUGGAAGCCUACAUCCCAUGCACCGUGACUCCGCAUUUAGAAUCGCAGCUCUGGGCAAGGAAAGCCGCCAAAGCAGCAGGAGCUGACCCUGAGAAGGUUGGCGCGGCAGUUGCAGCAGAGGGCUAUGUUGGAGCAGUUGCGGCUGCGCGGCAUGUGGCAGAGCUGGCAUCCCAGCGGCAGGCGCCACAGCAGGUGGCCUCCACAGCUCUGCGCGCGGCAUUGGCGGCCGGCGCGUCAGGCCCGCAAGCUUGGCAAGCAGCGGCCGAGCAGGCGGCAGCUGCUGUAGCAUUCAGCUCUUCUCUACGAGGAGCCCACCCGAGUGAAGUCGGUACCAACGCCCUUCGCGCUGCAAGUGCCUUGGCAGGGCUUGGCAAACAUCAAGCAGUGCUGUUUGCCACAGACGCCGCGCAAAAGGCUGUAGAAGACGUUCUGCGUCUCUCCGGCGAAAGCGAGGAGGUGCUGCGCGCAGCCAGGCGUCUAGCUGCGGAUGGCGUGAUAGAGGGGGAGGAAGGGCAGCGAUUGGAAGGAAUUAGCGAGUGGCUGCACCCUGAGACGAAGAUUGACUUCAUGAAUAGUGGUCGGAGAGCAGCAGAGGUGCUGGCAAGGCUGAGCUCGGAGGCUUCCCCGGCCCAGGCUUCACCAACGCUGUCCAAAGCAGCAGCGGCCAAAGCUGCUGCUGCCCGUGCAGCAACAGAGGGUGGAAGCCCAGAGCUGAUCGUGAAAGAAACCAAGAAAGCUGCGAAGGCCUUUGGCGCCCACGAGGCGGCGGCGGCGCACCUGGCGGCGAAGUUUGGCCUCGCGGCGGCGCUGUUUCAGGCGCAGACUCGCUUCAAGUCCCCAGCGCGGAUGGGCGCCGACGCGAAGGCGGUCUUAGAGGCCAGUGGUCUUCGGGACAAGAAGGCUUGGGCACUGGAGGAGGAGCGCCUGGCAAGAAGCGUCGCUGCCUACGCGGCAGACUCUUUGCAGCCCCAUCAGGUUGGCAAGGCAGUGGCGCAAGCGCUCAGGGUCUUCGGCGCCCAUGGCGGACAGCUUCAGUUGGCGGCCAAAGAAGCCGCAGAGACGAUGGCAAACCACGCGGCGAGGUCCAACGCCUCUCUUCAAACGGUGGCCUCAUCUGCCAGGGAAGCUGCCAUUGGGAGCGGCCUGAAAGACAGCGCGAGCAUUUCUCGCAUUGCUGGCCACGCGGCUGCCUGGGCCGUUGCUCGUCAAACCGCCCGCUCUCAGGCUGGCUGGCAGGAAGUUGCUGAGCACACGGCUGCUGCCGCAGAGGCCGCGUUGCUUCCGAAGGAUCAGGUGCCAUGGCUGGUUGCGCGGGCCGCCGGGCUGGAAGUGGCAAAGGCCACUGCUCGCAGCACCAAAUCCGGAGAGCAGGUGGGCUUGGCAGUCGCCGCUGCCGUGCAAGCCGCUGGGGUGGCGAAGCUGAGUCCGGUCAUCGCAGGCGAGGUGGUGGCAUCUGCGCUGGCGAGCGAAUCACAUGGCUUCGGCCUCUCCAUGCGGGAUGUGACAGAUGCUGCCCGCGCGGCCGGGGCGCCAUCAGCUUUGCGCUUGGCAGCGCAGAUGGCUGCCUCCGAUGCUGCCGAGCAAUCCGCUCGCCGCGGGGGCGGCCCUGCGGAGGUGGCAGAGGCUGCAGUGCGAGCCAUCUCAGGUGCUGGCCUCUCCAAAACGCAGGUUUCCUCGAUCGCUGCUCGAGUGGCAGAGCAGCGGCUCACCUGGAUGGCCGCCCAGAAGGGAGGAGGCAACGCCCCGCUGGACCUCGCGCGGGCCGUUCAGGAGGCCCUCGCCACCAUCGGCGUGGACAAAGCGCUGGCGGCUCGACGUGCAGCCAAGGCUGGAGCCAGCUGCGCCGUCAAGGUGAGCAUCGCCCGAAACGAGUCAGCCAAAGAUGUGGGCAGCUUUGCAGUAAUGGUGGCGCAAGCAGCUGGUGUCCAGGAGACUGUGGCACAAGCCAUCGCAGCCAACACCGUCGCCAAAGACGUGGCGGAGAGUUGGGCUGGAGCAAACACGAGCACACUGGUGGAGCACGUUAAGGCAGCGGUAUUGGCAACUGGCCUGCCAAAGGAGCAAGCCGUGGCCUUGAUCGCCAAAGCUUGCGGAGAAGCAGUGGCCGAUCACGACGCGCUGCCCGCCAUCAUAGGUUCCGCAGCUCGAGCCGCGACUGCUGCUGCAGGUCUGGGCGUCGCAGGAGGCGUCGCAGAAGGCUCCGCAGAGCUGAGCGGGCGCCUAGCAGCAGCGGCGGCGGCCAGACGAGCGGUCCAUCGCGGCGCCUGGCCGAGUGAAGUGCUCGGCGUUGCCUCGGAGGCUGCCACAGCCGCAGGUGCACCUUCCACGGCGAAGGCUGCUGCAGCGGACGCUGUGGCCCAGCUCGCCGCCAAGUCCGGCGCUGCAGCCUGGCGGGUGGGCAUGCAGGCGAAGGCCGCGUCUGGGGACCCGGAGAUUGCCAGCCACGCGGCGGCGAAAGCGAUGGCUCAGCUCGUUGUGCCCGCUUCAGUGCCGGAAGGGGCCAAGCUGGUCCAGGAAGCAGCACAGGCUGCAGGAGUGGGGCCGGCGGCGGCUGCUCAGGCCGCCGCGGCGGCUAUGGCCAGAGCUUCCGCGGAGGAGGCCAUUGGAGAAGGCGCUUCUGCAGCUGAGGUGGGCUCCGUGGCCUUUGCUGCGGGCGAAGCAGCAGGCCUUUCCAAAACGGCAGCGGAAGCUGUGGCCUGUCGACAGGCGGAGCUGGCUCUGCAGUCGCAGCAGGACCGGCAGGGAGAUGCGGCCUUUCGCCAAGAGGUGGUCGAUUCCAUCCACGCUGUGGCGAACCAGGCGCCAGUUGACGUCACAGCCUGGCCCGGCACGUUGGCCGAGUCCUUCGUGUACUCCGGCGGUUCCAGCCCGGAGCAGUGCAACGGCCGGUGGCAAGGCCUUGGCCUGAAGCUGCAGCCGGAGCUUGCAGCCGUGGCCGCUGCAGUUGCCAAAGCCUCGGCCGCCAGCCGCAUCCAGCCAGGUUCGUGGCUCCACUUCGGGCUGGGCAGUGACACCGAAUGUGCCACCGCCGCGGCAGCUCGAAGUAGGGGCAAGGCGCUUCCCCACGCGGCAUUCCUCGCUGCGCGCUCCGCCGCGCUGGCGGCAGCCACGCGGGUGGCGGACCUGGGCGGCGCGGCGCCGGACAUCGGCGUGGCCGCGCUGAGGGCGGCGGAAGGGUCCUCGGUGCCUCGAGAAGUGGCUGCAGAGGUUGCCUCCCAAGCAGCAGCCGUGGCAGGGGCGCGGAGGGCAGAAAGCGCAGGUGCAGUGGUGGCAGCUCUGCGAGGAGCAGGCCAUUGUCCAGGGCACAAGGCUGUGCUUGGCGCAAUGCAGGCGGCGCGUGCUGUCGGACAGUCAUGCCACCUGAGAGCCGUGUCCGCUUCAGAAUGCGGAGUGCAGGCACACAUGGCGGCCGGCCAGGUCCUGGCAGCUUGCCAGAUUCAGAUCACUCACUACGCCAAACAACUUGCAGCAGAGGCCGUGGCUGCUGCCGAGGCCGAGCAGCUGGCUGGAGUCGGCGGCGACCCCAUGGCCGUUGCCACCUUUGCGCGGCAGGCCGCAGCCGCCGCAGGGGCGAGCGCCAGCCUGGCGCGCGGCAUUGCCUCGCAGCAGGCCUGCCGAGCUGUGGCCGAAGCUGAGGCCAGCUCAAAGAGCCCAGAGGAGGUGGGCCAAGCAGCCAAGGCAGCAGCAGAGAGCGCCAGCUCAGGAGCGCUGGAUCUAGCAUUGAGGGAGGCAGUCAGGGCGGUGGUUGGGCACAACGCAGCGCAGCACAACUCGGUGAGCCUCAUGGCAGAAGAGGCGCAACUGGCAGCAGGUGCCGUGGGAUUGCGCUCAUCCGCCUCGGUGUGCGAGCAUGCGGUUGGCGCGCUGGCGGACCACAAGGCGUCGACGGGCUCGGGGGCCAAAGAGGUAGGGGAAGCUGCCAAGCACCUGGCGCUGGCCCUGGCGAUCGCGCCGCCCACCAGCAUGAGCGGUGCCUCUCAAAACAAGCUGUCGCUGCAGACAGCGGUGAACGCAGCAGCCAAGGCGGCGGCACGUGCAGUGAUCAAGAGCUCAAUGGCCCAGCGCUAUGGCACCCCCGAGCUGAUGAAGCUCAUGGUGAGGCAGGCGCAGCAGGCAGCUCAGGGCACUGGCGCUCCUUUGGAUGGCACUGCAUUGGCGGCAGUGCUGGGGCGGGCGGUUGCGGCGGAGGGCCUCCGCAGGGGCGAGACCAUGACGUCGACAGGCCAAAUGCUGCAGGCAGCAGUGCAGGAACUGGGGGCGCACCGUGCGCCCGGAGACGUGGAAGAGCUGAGGGCCGCGGCAGGGGCGGCCGCGGCCGAUGAGGUGGCGCUCUCGUCAGCGGGCCUACCUCCUGCAGUGCUUCGGGAGCGUUGCCGCACCGUGCUGAAGGGCCUGGUGCCACCAGACCUCAGCAGCAUCUUGGCCUCGCGCUCCGCCGUGGCGGCCGUGGCGGUGGCCGCGCAGCCAGGGUCCGUGGGCCUGGCGCGCCAAGCCAUGGCUUGGCAGCUGCAGAAGGCGCGGCCUGCAGCGGCGAAAGUAGCAGCGCAGAAGGUAGCGGAUGCCCUGGCGGGCAGCCUCUCCCCCGCGCUGCUCUCCGAAGCGGCGCGGCACGCCGCCUUUCAGCUGGGGCUCAGCGGGCGCUCCGCGGCGCGCCUGGGCAUGGCCGCGGCGGCCAGGAGCGCGGCCCAGCGGCGCGCGGAGCAGGGGGCGUCGCCUGCGGAGAUCGGCGCCGCGGCGCGCGAAGCCGUGCUGGCCGGCUUGGAAGGUGACCGAAUCGGCCUGGAUUUGGACGGCCGCGCCGCCCACGCGUUGCUCUCCACGGCGGUGCCCGCGGCGGUGAAGGCGUCGCUGGCGAACGCCGGCGGCGCCGCGGGCCCCGCGGGCCUCGCCGAGCGCGCGCGGGGGGCCGCGGAGGGCGCCAUCGGCAAGGACGUCAACCCGGCCUUCUGGGGCGACGUCACCUCCGAAGCCGCCGACCUGGUGGCCACUGAGGCGGCGAAGGCGGCAGUCUUACAGGGCCAGCUGCCUUUCCAAGCGACCAGCCAAGCCAAGAAAGCGGCGGCAGCUAUCCGAUCUUCAAGCCCGAUCACGGCUAUACAUGACGGAAUGGCUGCUGCGCGCGCAAUCUUGCAACACGGCCUUUCUGUUUCAGCUGACGUGCGGGACACUGCCCAACUGGCACGUGUGGCGGCCGAAUCAGCGGGCCUCCGCAUCGAGGAAGCUCGCCACAAGGUAGCUGAGCAGCUGUCCAGCAUGCUGGCCAACGAGGAGGCCAACUUCAUGAGCCUCCAGCCCUCAGCAGACCAGACCGUUGCCAAGAAGGCAUUGGUGGGCUCCAUGGCUGCAGGAUGCCAAGGUGCUGAAGCCGCUUGGAUCGCCAGCCACGCGGCCACGGCCGCCGUAUCCAAAGCUGCCGCUGAGCGGGGUGCUGAUGUGGAGGACAUCGCACGUGUGGCGCUGGCAGCUGCACGUGGUGCUGGCAGCGAGGAAAUGGAGGCGCAGAAAAUUGCUGCCUGGAGUGCUGCGAAGUCCGCGGGCGAACAGGUCUUGUCCUUGGGCGCGACUGCAGUGGAAGCUGGGCGGACCGCCUUGCAAGCUGCCCAUGCAGUUGGCCUUGGCGUCGGUGCAAAGAGGCUGGCUGCAGAGGCAGCAGCAAAGGCCGUGUUGGAUCAGGCCAGGCGCGACGGCGGCAGCCACGUGGAAAUAGCGCAGAGCUGCAAAGCAGCAGCGUCGGCCACGGGGCUGGAGGAUUCGGCAUCGUCGCUGCUCGCAGCUUCUUUCGUGUGCCCAAAGGCCGCCGAAGCUGCAGCCACCACACAGCUGCUGCCACAGCGCAUCGGCAUGGCUGCCAGGGCUGCGGCAGAGGCAGCUGGUGCGAACAAUGCGCAGGGAGCAGAGGAAGCAGGGGUUGCUGCCGCGAGCGCUGCUGUGCAGUCAGCCAUGGCUGGCAACGUGAACCCAGCUGCAGUGGCCGCUGCGGCGCAGGAGGCAUGGGCCAGCGCGGGAGCUGCAGGCAAGGAGGUGAGCCCCGGCAUUGCGGCCAUCGCUGUGCUCAAGAGGCUGGCCAGACACAGCGGCUCCGUUCCCAAGCACUUGGGCAAGGCUGCGAAGGCCAUUGCCGACGUCAGCCCGCCACAAAUCGCCGACAAGUUGACCGGCAUCCUGGUGCGAGUGGUUGCAGAGAGCUCAGCACGGCGAGGAGGCCGACCGGACGAGGUGGCACACAACGUCCUGGAAGCCUUGAGGGUUUCCCACAGCAAGCUACCAGAAGGAGAGACCAAGAAAUUGGCGGCUGCCGUGGCAGCCAACCAAGCGGCACAGGCCGCUGCGGAGCAAGGAGAGGAGCCUGCCAGCGUCAGUGCAGCUGCAGCCAAGGCUGCAGUUGCCGUCGGCCUGCCAGAGAAUGAGGUGAAGGACCUGGCAUGCACAGCAGCAGCAGCUGGGAUAGCGCAGCACAGCACCCUCACCAGGCAGCCAGCGGCUGUUGUGGCAGACCAGGUCCUGCAGGCCACAUCGGCGGCAGGUUGCGAGGAUCAGAAGGGCCUCACGGCAGCCAUUGCAGCGGCGUCCCGGAACGCAGCCAAGGCAUCGCUGGCCUUGCACGGCGCAUCCCCCACCUCAGUGGCGAAGGCCACGUGGCGAGCGGCGACCCAAGUCUUGGCGCACGUGGGGCGCCACGACUCUGCCCUGUGGGCAGAUUUAGUAAGCGUCGAAGCAGCUUCAGCCUGGCAAGCACAAGCGCUUGUGAGUGGCUUUCGUGCUCACGCGGAGCAGGGGGUGAGCAGCAUCAAGCAAGCCAUGAAGGAGGUGUCCGAGGAGGAGCGGAGGUCGGUGUCGACAUCGUGGCUGCUUGGUGACAGGUCGGGCCCAUUCCUGGCGUUGGUCGUUCUUGUUUGCCUGGCUGGUUUGUUUGGCUGGAGUGACGCUAGAAAAAAGGCUACAUCGGCAGUGAGAGGCGUCUUGGGCAUCGACGAUCAAAGAGAUGUCCAAAAGUUUUGCUGUGCACAACCUGCGCAAGAUCGUGUGUACAGCGCGGUGUCGAAAGCUGAAGCCGGACAAGAACAACUUGAAAGCGAUGACGAGCCUACGAGGCACAACACAGCGGCGCAUUCGUGGUUUGACGGUGAGGACCGUUUCGCAGAGCCGCCAAAGUUGGUUGUUGUGUUGGAGAGAGCUGCGUUGGAGCGAAGCAGAGAAUUGGUUGGACGUCGAGCUCAAGUUCCACGACCAGAUCAUGAAUUGCAGCUCACCUUCGAUGCCCUGGAGUUGCUCCUGGAGACGGAAUUAAAUCAGGCAGGGAGGUUGAUCGUCUACUUGCACUCAGCCAAAGAUGUGUGGGUUGAGGUACAUCCUGGCUUUUGCAUGCCAUCCAGCUUGCAAAGUUUUGCCAAAAUGGUUGCUAUUACCCUCAGAAGGCGUUACUUCGCGGGGUCGUCGGAGGCACCUCCUGUGCUCAAAGUUGUCGACCAACCUGUGCUGGAGCUUCUGCCGCCAAACAUCGCAUGGUACGCACUGUCACAAACAGGUGAAGACGUUCAACUCAAGGACUUUGUCCGCGAAAUUGCAGAGGGCGCGUCAAGCGGUCCUGGGAGUUUGCCCAGUAGCUCGUCAGAGCCUGUGGCUCAUCCCAAGCCCAAUGCAGUGGUGGUAUCCAUCGGAAUGUCCGUUGGAGACGCCAUCAAGGACCCUAUGUUUGGAGGCAAAGCCCUCCGCAGGAUAUCCAUUUGCCCUUGGGACCUCACCGGGGCUGCUUGCUGCCGAAUGCUUUGUCGUGAAUUUGAGUGCGUGUGGGAGUUAGGGCAGCGAUAGUGGCUAUCGAAGUGAAGCCUGGAAAAAAUGGCUUUCAUUUCACAAGUGUGCAUACCUUGCAGUUGAAUCUGUGCGCAAGUGUUUGUUUAGGUCCUUUGUUGUUUCCUUUGAUGUCCGGCCAAAUGUGCUGCAAAAGACGCGGAGGCAACGCAGAGG